AGCUAAAUGUUAUCGGUUAUUUACCCAUCUGACAAGUUGUUCAAGUUUUAUUUGGUACAAUUAUUAUUAGAGGGAAGAAAACAGAUAAAGGCAACAGAUCAAUGUGUUUGUUAGGCUUUAAGAUAGCAGAAAGGCAGCAUUGAACAUGGAUACAUCAAUUAGGGAGACCCAGAAGAAUCCAAUCGAAGCUUUAAGUAAAGAUGAACUCAUCAGUAAAUACAAGGGUCUACUUGGAAUUGCUAAAAAAGCGAAGCAAGCCAAAGAUGAGCUUGUUGAAGAAAAUCGUCAGCUGAAGGAUGCAUUGGCAAAGGCAGCCGCCAAGCAAAGCAGUAUUCCUGCAAUGCAGGAAAUGCUGCAGGAUUUCACCGAUAAGAACCUCAUUUUAACUGAACAGCUGAGCUCCCUACAGCAUAGGACCAAAGAAGAUGCAGACCGAUUGCAACAAUUUGAAAUUGAAAAUGAGAGCUUAAAGCGUCAGCUGGGGCGUUUAAGCGAUGAAAAUGAUGAUCUGCUUGCCGACAUCGAACGCAUGGAACAGGCCAUGCAGCAAGUUAAUACGCUGGGCAGCGAACAACGCAAGAAUCUUGAACUUCUCGAGCUGGAUAUAGCCAAAAUUAAGGAGGCUGAGACGCAAAAUGACAUUCUAAGGCAACAGGCUGAUAAGGCGGCAGAGGAGGCAAAACAACGCUCAAUUGAACUUGAAGAGCUUCAGCAAAAAUACGAUUCGGUCAAACAACUAAACUCCGAGCAGCGUAAAAAGUUCAAUUCGCUUAAAGAUAGGUUCAUCGAUGUCCAUCGCAAAGUGAAGAACCUAAAAGAAUGCAAGUGUGUUCUUCUGGAAACACAGCACGAAUACGCUGCGUCAGUUUCCAAGUGGCAGAAGGAAAUUAUUAAGGCAUCGCAACUACUCUGUGCCAAAAUGACAGCAUUACAGCAGGAGAAUGUUCAGCUUAAGGAACGACUAGAGGCGACCAAAUCUACCAACCAAGUUUCUGGAAAUAAUAAACGGUUGCUGCAAAAAGUUUGUGAGCUGGAGCGUUUAUCCAAGCUAAUAAAAGAGCAGCAGCAACAUAAUCAGCUUCCCAAGAAUGCACUAGACAUUGAUCGUAUACUAUCGAAGUUAAGCUGCGUGGAACAGUUGGCAAGCAUCAUUAAGGGGCAGCAGAGCUAUCAGCAAACGGUUCAGCCUAUCAGCACAUUGAAUUCAUCAUACUUCACUUCAAAACUCAAUCAACUGCAACGCUUGGCUCAAGUAUUGCAAGAAGAGCGUAGCCAACAGGACUGCGCAGUAAAGUUAAUUGAGCAGCAACAUGAACGAGAGAAUGCGCAAUUAGAGGCAAACUAUGUGGAACUGCGACAGCAGCAUGAAGAUUUGCAAACGCGAUACCAACUGAAGGAAAACGAACAUGCUGAGUUGCUGGCCGAGAUGCGUGAACUGAACGAGGCGUUAAAGGCGCGCGGAGAUGUCAUAUCCCGUAUGCAAGAGCAAUAUGACAAGUGUCGCAUGGAGCUACAAACUAUCACAGAAAAUCUAACUGAAAAGUCAAAACAACUGGGGCAACUACAGAGCAGAAUAGAGGAAAUGGAGCAGCAUGAGCACUUAAAUGGGGAUGCGCAGAGCGAUGUGUUGUCUACAUCUACAAUAUCGCGAGCGGAGGAAUUGAAUCGAUUACGCGAACUUGACGAUGGGUACGAGGAAAAGUACAAUAAGCUACGGUCUCUGGCCGUUAAGUUGAAAAAGAAACUGCAGGAGCAAACACAACAAAUUCAAAAUAUGGAGCAUGCUGGAGCAGCUAAACUAGAGGCCGAAGUGGAAGCCAUUAAAUCAGCACAGGUUCAGCUACAACAGGACUUAAAUGCAGCUCGCGCUGAGAACCAGAAACUUAAAUCCAAGGACAAGUCAAAGAGUUCGAAUGUGUUGAACCUGGAAAUUGAAGCAGCCGAGAAAUCGCUAACAGAAGUGAGUGCAAAACUGUUAGCUAAGACCACAGACCUGGAAGCGCUCACAGAGACGUUAACCAGUAAGGAGAAUACUAUUACACAGCUUCGCAAGGAGAUAAGUAUAUUAGAACAGGCGCAAAACGGGGAGACAGCCCAUUGCAAACAACUGAAGCAGGAAAUUGAUCGAAUGCAGGCACAACUUAAGGACGCUGUGCAUGGCAGGCAGGAAGCACUAUUAGGCAAAAAGGAGCUUGAGCAGAGUGUAGAGCAGCAAAAGUUGCAGGUGGAGGAAAUCCGAUUGCAGCUAGCUGAAAACACCCAGCAAUACGAGACUAAACUCAAGCAUUCUCAAGAGCUGCUAAAAAAUAGCUUAGAACAGCUGGAAGCAAGACAAGAUGCUCUUACUCAGCUAGAUGUCGCGUUACGCCAAGCCGAACGCGUCAAUGAACAGCUUCAAACGGAAUAUUCUGAAUACAAGCUCAAAGCACAGGCUGUGCUGCGUAAACAGCAAAACCGGGAUUCAGAUAAAGAACAAUACCUCGAGGUAGAAUUGGCCAAUAUGCGUGCGAAUGAACAGAAACUUUGUGAAAGCAGAGAUGCGAGUGCGUUGCGAAUCACUCAGCUCGAAUCUCAGCUGGAAGAUCUGCAGCGCAGCAACACACAAAUGCAGCAACGCAGUCAGGAGCUUCUGGGCAUGAUCGACGACUUGAAAUAUCAAAAUGAGACUCUCACGCAGGACAAUCAGCGACAGCUUCAGCAGCAGCAACAGCAACUGCUGCAACAUCGCCUGCAGAUCGAGCAAAUGGAUGAUGUGCAUCAGAUGCGCGUUGCGCAGCUUCAACAACAGAUCGAACAACUCGAAAAAGCAAUGCCUUCCAAUCCGAUUGCCUCAUCAGUGGCCGUGCCGGCAACAGCAACCGCCGAAUCGACUAGCCCAGAGCAAAGCAAAAUUGAUUUCCUGCUGGAUCACGAUAGCAGCGGUGAAACGCUUGCACAGCUGGCAGCACAGCGCAAAAUUUCUACGGCCUCACGUCGUUCUCACGAUUUUAUGCCGCUGGAUGAGCUGUUAAAUACAUCCCUCAAUGCCAUAAAUAGCGAUCAGGUCACAACAAUUUCUAAUUUUGGGCGCAGCGUCAGCAUGCAGGACGAUGAUUUAGAGUUGGAUGGCCGUGGUGAAACGCAAGCUGCACUUUUAGCUACCAAAGAACGUUUAAGCAUACAAGAAAGUCGUGUCCGUCAUCUGACGACCUUACUGGCCGAAAAUGAACAGGAUCUGGCCAAACUAACACAAAUGAAUGAUAUGCUGAAAGAGGAGCUUCGUCGCCAGGAGCGCUCCGAAGAACGGGAACAACAUAUGCACAACUCGGAAUAUCUGAAAAACGUAUUCCUAAAGUUUAUUACAUUGUCCAAUUCUGAUGAGCGACAACGCUUGGUGCCCGUACUGAAUACAAUUCUUCGAUUGAGUCGCAACGAGGUUGAAAUGCUUAACUGUGUGGCUAAGGGACAGAAAGUGUCCACCGAUGGCAGCAGUCGCAGCUGGACUGGUUUUCUGAGUGCGUGGAGUGGAAGCGGCAAUUCGGCCAAUGCCAACAAUAACAAUUAACUGUCCUCUUGGAAAUUGGGUUUUAUUGGUAUUAUACUUACUUUUUAA